GUCCCGUCCCGUCCCGUCCCGCCGCCAUGGGCAAGGAGGAGGAGAAAGGCAUCCCGGUGCGGGUGGCCCUGCGCUGCCGCCCGCUGGUGCCCAAGGAGCUGGGCGAGGGCUGCCAGGCCUGCCUGGCCUUCGUGCCCGGGGAGCCCCAGGUGGUGGUGGGCACCGACAAGUCCUUCACCUACGACUUCGUCUUCGACCCGACGACGGAGCAGGAGGAAGUGUUCACCAGCGCCGUGGCUCCCCUCGUCAGAGGCGUCUUCAAGGGGUACAAUGCCACCGUCCUGGCGUACGGGCAGACGGGAUCCGGGAAGACCUACUCGAUGGGCGGAGCGUACACCUCGGACCAAGAGCACCAGCCCUCGGUCGGGGUCAUCCCCCGGGUCAUCCAGCUGCUCUUCCGAGAAAUCGAAAGGAGGGCGGAUACCGACUUCACCACCAGAGUGUCUUACUUGGAGAUCUACAACGAAGAGAUCCUGGACCUGCUGUGUCCGGCUCGGGAUAAAUCGUCCCAGAUCAACAUCCGGGAAGACCCCAAACAAGGCAUAAAGAUCGUCGGUCUGACGGAGAAGGCGGUGGGUUCCGGGCCGGAGAUGGUGCGCUGCUUGGAGCAGGGGAACACCGGGCGGACCGUGGCCUCCACGGCCAUGAAUUCCCAGUCGUCCCGCUCCCACGCCAUCUUCACCAUCUCCGUCGAGCAGAGGAAGAGGAGCGACAAGAGCAGCAGCUUCUGCUCCAAGCUUCACCUCGUCGACCUGGCCGGGUCCGAGCGGCAGAAGAAGACCAAGGCGGAAGGAGACCGCCUGAAGGAAGGGAUCAACAUCAACCGCGGCCUCCUGUGCCUGGGCAACGUCAUCAGCGCCCUCGGCGACGACAAGAAGGGCGGCUUCGUGCCCUACCGGGAUUCCAAGCUCACCCGCCUGCUGCAAGAUUCCCUGGGAGGAAACAGCCACACGGUCAUGAUCGCCUGCGUCAGCCCGGCCGACUCCAACAUGGAGGAGACGUUGAACACGCUGCGUUACGCCGACCGGGCCCGCAAGAUCAAGAACAAGCCCGUGGUCAACGUGGACCCGCAGACCGCCGAGCUCCACCACCUCAAGCAGCAGGUUCAGCAGCUUCAGGUGUUGCUGUUACAAGCCCACGGAGGGACCCUCCCCGCGGCCAUCAACGAGGCCCCGUCGGAGAACCUGCAGUCGCUGAUGGAGAGGAACCGGUGCCUGAGCGAAGAGAACGAGCAGCUGAGCCGGGGACUGAGCGAGGCCGCCGGGCAGACCGCCCAGAUGCUAGAGAGGAUCAUCUUGACCGAACAGGCGAAUGACAAGAUGAACGCCAAGCUGGAGGGGCUGAAACAGCACGCCGCGUGCAAACUGGACCUGCAGAAGCUGGUGGAGACGUCGCCCGCCGGGGAACUGAGAGAGGAGGUGGAGGCGAUACGGGACCUGCAGCAACUCAUCACGCAACUCUGGGACGAAACGGCCGCCUGCGUGGCGGCGGGCAUCGACGCCGCCGGGGAGACGGAGUCCCAGGCGGGGGCCACCCCGGACACCAGCGGCUGUGCCGACGCCUUCACGACGCAGCACGCCCUGCGCCAAGCCCAGAUGUCCAAGGAGCUGGGCGAGCUCAACAAAGCCUUGGCCCUCAAGGAGGCCCUGGCCAGGAAGAUGACCCAGAACGACCACCACCUCCAGCCCAUCCAGUCGCAGUACCAGGAUAACAUGAAGAGCCUGGAGGGAGAGGUGGCCAACCUGCAGAAGGAGAAGGAGGAGCUGCUUCUCGCCCUUCACUCGGCCAAGAAGGACGCCAACCAGGCCAAGUUGAGCGAACGCCGCCGGAAGCGGCUCCUUGAGCUGGAGGGGCAGAUGGGCGAGCUGAAGAAGAAGCUGGGCGACCAGGCCAAGCUCCUGAAGCUCAAGGAAUCCACGGAGCACACCGUCUUCAAGCUCAACCAGGAGAUAAGGACGAUGAAGAGCCAGCGGGUGCAGCUGAUGCGUCAGAUGAAAGAGGACGCGGAGAAGUUCCGGCAGUGGAAACAGCAGAAGGACAAGGAAGUCAUCCAGCUCAAAGAGCGGGAUCGCAAGAGGCAGUACGAACUUCUCAAGCUAGAGCGGGACUUCCAGAAACAGUCCUCCGUCCUUCGGAGGAAAACCGAGGAGGCGGCCGCCGCGAACAAGCGCCUCAAGGACGCGCUCCAGAAGCAGCAGGAAGUGGCAGAGAAGCGCAAGGAGAGUCAGAACCGAGGGAUGGAGGGCACCGCGGCCCGGGUGAAGAACUGGCUGGCCAACGAAGUGGAGGUCCUGGUGAGCACCGAAGAGGCCAGACGUCACCUCCACGAGCUCCUGGAGGACCGGAAGACCUUGGCCCAGGACCUGGCCCUCCUCAAACAGAAGAAAGAAGCCGGGGAGAACCCGCCGCCGAAACUCCGGAGACGAACCUACUCCGUCACCGACCUGAAAGUCCCCGAGGCGGAAGAGUCGAUCACGAAGCAGAUCGAGAGCCUGGAAACGGAGAUGGAGCUCAGGAGCGCCCAGAUCGCCGACCUGCAGCAGAAGCUGCUGGACGCCGACAGCGAGGACCGGGCCAGGCAGCGCUGGGAGAACGUCGCCACCAUCUUGGAGGCCAAGUGCGCCCUCAAGUACCUCGUGGGCGAGCUGGUGGCCUCCAAGGUGCAGGUGAGCAGGCUGGAGGGCCGACUGCGCCAGAGCGACGCCAGCUGCGGGGACCUGCACAAGAUGCUGUCCGAAGAGCGGGCCCAGGCGGCCCAGGCCGAGGCCGACUUGCAGGGGGCCCUGGUCCGGCUGGAGCAGCAGCACCAGGAGAAGGUGCUCUACCUCCUCGGCCAACUCCAGCAGAGCCAGGCCGCCGAGGCCCGGCUGGAGGAGUCCGUGAGCGAGCGAGAGCAGCAGCUGCUGGACCGGCUCAGAUUCCAGGACGAAGAGCUGGAGAAGAUGCGGGAGGUCUGUGAGCAAAACCAGCACCUCCUCCGGGAAAACGACGCCAUCAGACAGAAGCUGACCCUCCUCCAAGUGGCCAGCGGACAGAAGCUCUCCAUUCCCAGAGCCGUGGGGCCGUCCCCCGACUCGUCGUACGAGUACGUCCCGCCCAAGCCCAAGCCCUCCCGCGCCGCCCGGGAGAGGGCCCGGCAGCGCAGCGUGGCGGCGGACGACCUCCUGUCCGCCUCGGCCCCGUCCGACAGCGAAGACGACGACGACUGGAAGCCCCAGAGGGCGGCCCGGGCGGCCAAGAGGAGCACGGCCGGGUGUGCGUGUAAGGGCUGGUGCGGGAACAAGCAGUGCGGCUGCAGGAAGCAGAAGGCCGGCUGCAACCCCAACUGCGGCUGUGACGCUGCCAAGUGCAGAAACCGAGAGGCCGACGCCGCCGCCAGUAGCCCGGAGACCCCGACCUUCCCGGACCGGCCCCGGUUUGCGGAGAUCUCCCUCGAGCCGGAGGGUCCCUUGGACAUGAGCGCCGGAGCCAGCUUCUUCAACCCCCCCUUUGUCACCCCCAACUCCAAGCUGCUGCAGGAGAUGACCGUCCUGGGCCAGGGCCCGCCCGGCACCAAGCUGAGGAAGAAGGCGCCCCCGGACCCCGCGGACCCCGACCCCGGGACGGCCCCCCCGGACGACGGGGUCUUCCCCAGGAAGAAGAAGCCGCAGCGGGCCCUCAUCAGCAACACCGGCUUCUUCUCGGGGUGCACCCCCAUCAAAGAAGAGGGCGACCUCUGAGCCCCCCCCCCCCCAAAAACUGUCUCCCGCCACCUCGGCCCCCGUCCUCU